AUGUCCAACAAACCGACAUCGAAGUUCCCAACUCUCGAGGGCGCUUCAGCUACCUUCCCAGCAUCGGGCAUUCUACUUGUUACAAUCAAUCGUCCUGCACAGCGAAACUCAAUUCCAUCCAAAUUACAUUGGCAGCUACACGCUCUGUUCCAUUGGUUCGACAAUGAACCUUCGCUCAAUGUGGCAGUCAUCACUGGCGAAGGAGAUAAGAGUUUCUGUGCAGGGCAGGAUUUGAUUGAGUUGGGCAAACGAGACCCAAGUAAAGCACGAGAUGAACCGUGGCUUGGAAUCCACCCAAGCACGGGCUUUGCUGGAAUUAGCAGACGGCUAGGCAAGAAACCUAUCAUCGCUGCCGUUAAUGGAUUUGCUUUGGGUGGUGGAUUCGAGAUUGUGCUGAACUGUGACAUGGUCGUCGCAGCACCAGAAGCAACAUUUGGUCUUCCCGAAGCCCUCCGUGGUAUUUAUGCCGCUGCUGGUGGUCUUCCACGCCUGGUUCGAAACGUCGGCAUGCCUAUAGCAUCAGAAAUCGCAAUGACGGGUCGCACGCUCACCGCCCAAGAAGCUCUGCAGUAUCAGCUCAUCAACAAAGUCAGCAAAUCAAGAUCAAGUGUUGUCGACGAAGCGAUUGAGCUAGCUAAGAAGAUUUCAAAUCUAAGCCCGGAUGCAGUGAUUGUGACAAGGCUUGCGUUGAGAGAGGCUUGGGAAAAUUCAAGCGUGGAACGAGCUUUCCAACUGGCAGAUGAGAGAUUGAAAGAGAAGCUGCAUUCAGGAGAGAAUGCUAGAGAAGGGUUGGCGGCUUUUGCACAAAAGAGGAAACCAAACUGGACACCUAGCAAGCUCUGA